GCCUGGAUACACUAUUUCAAAUCCCCGAGACUAAUAUAGCCGCUCUGCAAGUUUAUUCGGAUAUUGUUCAAGCUCUUUCAACGAACCUGAUGCCUGUGUCCCUGAGUGGGAUGACAUCAAAACCCACUUACCCAUGUUAUAUUAUGGAGUGAUCGAAAGUGCGUUUAUCAAUACCUUGUUUCAGGAUAUCGCCAUGGUACUUCCUGGAGCGUUCGCGACAGCCGACGACCACUGGCUCAAAAAGACCGUACCAAACUGGUUCUGAGGGGCAAGCGAUCUCGCCGGGGAAGAACAACAAUAUCAGGAGCAUAAGGAGCUCAGUGAGGCCAUCGAAACCGAGAUGGAACCAGAAGAUCCCACAUCAGGAGACAACUCUCGUACGUGGCAGCGAAGGUCAUUGUCAAGGAUAUUACGAGGUCUACAGUUCACCUCAAAUCUAGCCGAGGGUGUGGAUCCCGAUGACACUUUGCACUCAUUGCACAUUCAUAGUGAAGGAGACAAUCAAGGACACCUCAAUGCUUUUCCGCCAGGCUCCAGAGAGGAAAUCAGUGGCAAAAAUCGGAAGGAGAAGACGGCCGAAGCAAACACCGCGGCUCCAGAAAAGAAUUAUGUUGCUGAGUAUUCCAGAGCAACUUCGCAACAACCGGAUCAGCUCCGCUCUAUCACAUCCAUCCUUUGGUUCAUGCCACACCUGGGGCCUCCUCGGAAAACUGCGAAAAGAGAUAUGAAGAAGGCCACGGCUGACGCGCAUGGCGAUUUCGAGGACUUUUAUAAGGAGUGGUGGGACAUUGCGAGACGAUCUGUCCAACGUGGAAUAUGGAUGGGUCAGAUAUCGACAGACAUUUGAGGGCGCUAAUGCAGUGGAUCCAAGUUUAUGUUUCUU